AUGGCUGCACACAAGACGUCCGCGGUGGCGGACGAACCAAUUCACGUCCUGUUUGCCCUGCAUCCCAAGUUUGACCUUCUCGACCUCUCCGGGCCAUUAAAGGUCUUUACCACGGCUCUGCACGACGCCAAAGACCCCACUUCCCGGGCCUUCGAAGUGACACUGGCUGGCGGAGAGCCGCAGGUGCUUUCCGAUCAAGAUGUCAUGGUUGGCUCCCAAAUUUCCUUCAAAGACGCUCAUGAACGCAUCGAAGAUUUUGACGUUCUUGCCAUCCUCGGGGGCAAUGUCGACGAGAUCCUCGACAAAGAACAGGAGCCCCUCGGCCUCAUCAACGACUUUGCCGAGCUCCAGAAGAAGGACCCAGCCCGUGAGCGCACUCUCUUCUCCGUGUGCACCGGCUCUCUGCUUCUGGCCAGGGAGAACAUCCUGUCGGGUCUUUCUGCCACAACCCACCCCGACUACUUGACCAAGUUUGAGAAUGUCUGCAGCGAUGCCGCCACACGCAACCUGACGGAACGCACCGACGUGGUCGAGGACACCCGAUACGUGGUCAACAAUCUCCGCUUUGACCUGGGCGAGGAGGACGAAAAUCCCUAUGUCCGCCGCAAGUCGGAGGGCGGUCGUCGUCCGUCCAAUGCCCGAAAAGGAAGCAUGUCCUUGAAGGGCUCCAACUCGCGCCGCGAGUCGAUUGCUCGACGCGCAGCCAUGCGCUUGGGGGGGCUACGGGUCAUCACGUCUGGGGGAGCAAGCGCUGGCAUUGACGCGGCCCUGUAUCUCGUCAGCGCCUUGGUUGAGGAUGAAUGUGCGGCCGAGGUGGCCAGGCUCAUGCAGUGGACCUGGAACAAGGGUGUUGUCGUCGACGGGCUCGACGUCUAG